GGAAAUAUUAAUUUAUUUAGACAUAGCUAAAAUGUCUAUUUGUAAAGAUGCUUUAAAGCUUUGAAAGGAUGCUUUCCUCGGGAACUGACUCACCAAAGAGGUUCGAAACCGGUGGGUGUUUGAGGACAUUGACUUUGGAGACUCCAACAUCCUGCGAAUGUACCAGGAGCACAGGCUCAAAGCAAUCAGAGCUAAUUGGAAAUUCAUUUUGUUGAUUCUCAAGACCAUGUUUAUGUUGGUUGCCAUUUGUUAUCAGCUGGAUGGUGGCCACAUGUCAAGCUUCAAAAGAUACUCUCCGAUAGUGAUCUUUGUGUUAAUUUUUGUGCUCAAACACUUCAUCUACACAAACGAGUUCGUUGCGAGAAGUGGAGCGACUCUUUUUAUCGUCAUGUUUGGAGCAUUAGUCACCAAAUCCAACCUUGAAAUUACCCAAUUCAGGCUUUACGAAGGACUUCUGGUUCACAUCUCAAUAUCCUUCUUGUUGUCAACAUGCCUUGUGUCAGAUUGGAGAGUCUCUUCAGGUGCAAUGGUGCUGGUUUAUGCCAACUUGUAUGUCUUGUUGAAGACGCACUUCAGCGAUGUUCCAUUUUCGAUGCUCUAUUGCAUCAUAUUAUCAUUGGUGAUAUUUUGAUUUAAUGCGUUCUUAAUUUCGAGGACGCUCAAGAAAGAGUUCCUGGCAACCCACAACGCCAAGCAUGCCUCCUCUCAGCUGAAGAAGGUGUUGCAAGGCCUACCUGAAGGCGUCACCAUCAUGGAUGAGCAGGGAGAUGCUCUUGAAUUUAUCAACCAAAAGCUCAAGAAGACACUAGAUAUUUCGAUGUUUCACCAGGAUAAGAGCGUGGACUGUGAACUCACAAAGAUCAAAGAGUUAAUUGACAAAUCAUUUGAUGACAUUUAUGACAAAUUGGGAGGAGACAUUAUGCAUCCUGGAGAUUCCGGAAAAUUUGAACAUACCAUCCUAAGCAACUUUGUUAUAAAGAUUAAGAAAGACAAGACUGAGGAAGACAAAGAAGCUGAUCCAGAUGUCUCCUUCAAGAAUUCUGAAAUGAUUCCAUUGACAACUUUUCUAAGAAAUGAAAGAGAACUUGCAAAGAAUUUGGAAGACAAUGAUCGAAGCACCAAAGUCUACAUCUCGUGAAAGAACAGUUGCUCGAAGGUAGACAACCUUCAUAAAGAUUUUAUUAUCAAGACUUCAAAAAUUGAUGUCGUAAAUGACAAAGAUACAAUACAUACUUACCUUCAAAUGUUCAUCGACACCACUCAGAUUACACAGUUGGAGGAGGCCAAGGCUCAAAGCAACUAUCAGAGACAAAUGCUCUCAAACGUAUCACACGAGUUCAGAACGCCUCUCAAUGCAAUGUCGUUGUCACUGUACCUGAUGAAAGAUCAUAUCAACGGUGUGUUACUUAAAUAUCACCAAAUAGCCUCAUCAUCAUGAGACAUCCUCAAAGGUCUGGUCGAAGACAUCCUGGAUUUUUCUAAAAUUGAAGCCGGAGUCUUCGAAAUCCAGGAGUCAGAGUUCACAUUCAAACAGCUCUUCGAUGAAGUAAGCUCCAUCUUCGAGAUGCAGACUCGCAUGAAGCAAGUUGGCUUGCACUUCAUAAUGGAGGAUGCCUUCUGUGAACUCAAAGUGAAGUCUGACAAAGAGAGGCUCAAGCAGAUCCUCCUGAACUUGUUGUCCAACUCUCUGAAGUUCACCGACGAGGGCUCCAUCAACGUGGAGCUGAAGAUCCAGCAGAUGAAAAAGUUCAGUGCGCAACAAAUCAAUUCAGGUGAUGAAGAGAAGCUGUCUUCAGUAGAAGCCUUUGACGAAAUGCCAGUGUGCAAUCUUCUUCUCGUAACUGAUAACUAUGAAUUCAAAUCACACAAGUCCAAGUUUGAUGAACCUGCAUUAGGUUUUGCAAGACAAGACAAGACCACUGGCAAAUUGAUGCAGAAAGACGCUGAUCAGUCAAUGCCAUCUGACUUCACAAAAGAACUCUGACUCGAACUGAGUGUCAGAGACACAGGCAUUGGGAUUCCUGAGAAAGACUUGUCAUCGCUGUUCAAACUCUUCGGCAAGACCAGUUCCAACCAUAACCGGAACAAGACUGGGACUGGGCUCGGCCUGACUAUUUGCAAGAAGUUGUGUGAGAAACUAGGAGGGAAGAUAGUUCUGGAGUCAAAAGAAGGAGUUGGAACCAAGGUAACAUGCACGUUCAGAUGCUUCUAUUAA